AUGAUCCUGUCCACCAAUGUGACUUGGGUUCCUCUGUGUGUUGACUUUGACUCUGCGGGGGACUAUUUUCUCUUCAUUUUUCACAUCAUGGCUGGGAUCAGCACCGUGCUCGUAGCGGGCUCCGUGGUGUGCGGCAUCCUUUCCAGCCGGGCUCUUUUAAAACAACACCGCUUCUUAUUCAUGCUGAACACCAGCGUCUCUGACACGUUGUCUGGAUGUGGCAUUUUCUACCAGUUUCUGUUUGAUGUCAGGGAAGACUAUCCAACUAAAAACGGGAGUUUUUACAUUUUACCCUCUCUGCUCGGUGUUAAUAUCAUGACGUUUGUAUUCGCACAGUUUGAUCGAUAUUUUGCUGUUUGUCAUCCCUUCUUUUAUGCUCGUUUCAUCACCACUAAGGUUAUUAUCUGUGUGAACGCCUACAGCUGGCUGCACGUUUACGGCAUAUUGGUGCUCCAGCGCGUGCUCCCACUGUCUAAAGCCACAGACAUUGCAGUUUACAGCAGAAUGAGCCUCUUAGUAAUUAUCGUCACCAAAGUGUCAAUGACUAUUAAGCUGUUUAUUGUGGCCAGAUACCAGCUGCUCCGAGACCCUCCGGGACCAGAGAGAGACAGUAAGAAAGAAUCCCUGCUGAUCAUGGUAGUUGUGGUUGUGUUUUUCCUGUUCUUCUGGGGUCCAAGCAUCCUCUACACGAUUCUGUCCACACUAAUAGGAAAGUACAUAUUCUUCAAAAACGAUGCAGUCAAUCCUCUAAAGAUCCUAUCCAGGAGCAACACUCUGUGCACUCCCUCUCUGUACCUGUGGGCGAGCCCCUCGCUCCGAGCGGCCGUGUGGAAGGCCAUGUGGAGCAGAAUCUGCAAAACUCAUAAAUGGUCUAUUAAGGUUUCAAAAAUCAAUGUGAUACUUUAAGCUUUCAAGCUUCCACACAGGAUUCAUUUCAGCGCUCCCAAAUACACAUCUGAAGCGAUCACAAAGACUGGUUGUGCGAUCUCCCCAUAUUUCAUCUUAUUACUUUUGCAUUGUUUUGCUUUUUUGAUUGAACCAAAGGGUCCAGCCAACUGAGAAUUGCACUUUGUCUCCUCUGUGCAGGGUUGAAAUCACAGACAGACAAAAAUGUGUCAUCUAAAUACACAUUGGACUAGAUUUGUCCAAUACAUGCAGUUUUUUAAAAGCUGAACAAUAAAAUAAUUGAUUU